AUGCUGAUUCCGGCCCUUCAAGAAAUCCAGGUUGACACCCCUUGCUAUAAAGAAGACUCGCUUCCUCUGACCGUGGUCGGCAUCUUCAUUGAGCAGCCCACCCCUUUCCUCGACCAGUUCUUCAAAAGGCUCCAGCUUCUCCGCUAUCCGAAAAAGAAAAUCCACCUGUUCAUCCACAAUCACGAGGAACAUCACCUGCCUCAGGUGAGCUCCUUUGUGGAGAAGCACGGCCAGGAAUAUCGCUCCCUGAAAGUGAUGGGGCCGGAGGAUCACCUGGAGAACGCCGAGGCUCGCCGCCUGUGCAUGAACCUGUGCAAGCAGAACCCCGCCUGCGAAUAUUACUUCAGCCUGGAUGCCGAGGUGGUGCUCAAGAACCCAGAUACCCUGCAGGUCCUGAUGGAGCAGAAUAAGUGA